GGGAGGUCAUCUAUGUCUGUCUUCGGCUUUCUCAGCAUAAUUCAUGAUAUAAAGGCUGUUCUCACCUUAUCAUAUUCGGUGGCUCAUCGUGUUGUACUGUUUGCCACCUUACCUUUGCUUUCUCGAUAUCGAUGUCCCUUUGACCUCGGGCUUGUUUAUAUAACCGUACAUACACCCCAAAGGGUUAGUGUUUCAUGUCCUAACCUUAAGUAUCUAUCUAUCCCCAAACCCAUGUGAGACCACAACCACUCUCACCAUUUCAUCACAGCCCUCGGCCCAUCCGUCCCUAUCGCCUCUCAGCAACGUUGUUCCUCGGACGAUUCCGAGAACAGUAUAUGUAGGCUCUCAUCCCUCACUUAUCGAUCACCAUCUGACGAAAUUACGCAACCCAUCGGCAUCGUCGCUUUGUUGUUUCUUGUUUCCCUCGCACGGCGCCACCCCCGGGCAUUCAUGCCGAAUUCUUAUGCUCGUCGUAACCAAGAGUUGAAGUCGAGAUGGCGUAUCCCAUCGUGUACGAUGGGGUUGAAUCUCAGGAUGCUGGUGGAGGCGGUCAUCUAUUUAAAGACCUCAAGUUCUGGGUUGCCCACCGCGUUCCUAUGAGACCUACUUUGCUUUCCCAUAUUCAGCAAAACGGCGGCAGCGUGGUGAACAGAGAAGCGGAUGCACACUACCUCGUCGCUGACCAUGUCAGAAACGAUGUUCCGAAGGGUUCCAUAUCGUGGAAGUUCAUAGAGGAUUCGGUGAAGAAGGGUUCGCCGCAAGACCCAGACAAGUAUCGCAUCGGCCUCCCUGUCGGCAAAGCCCGCCCUGUGGGAUCGUCCGCCCCCAACCGGGCCACACGCACAAAAUUUACAAGCGAUGACGACGCUUGUCUCAUAAGUUGGGUUCUAGCCCGGAGAGACACAUUCCCCCCCUCGGGAAAUCUUAUGUACAAGGCCCUGGAGAAUAUAAAUGACCGCCACACUUUGGACUCGUGGAGAAACAGAUGGGUCAAGAAAUUUUCGGGGCUGCCAGACGAACAAUUGCUGCAGCUCGCGGGCUUAGAUCGGCUCCCUGAUCCCGCUCCCAGGAAACAACAGCCCCCGCGGGUACGACACUCCAGUGUUCAACAUGGAACAUCGCAAGCUGCCGGUGGUAUUAGGACUGCGCCGCCUCAAAACACGAACGAUAGAAACGAAAACGACACGGGCUACACUCGUCCUCGCGAUCAGCCGCAAAUGAUAGCGGAUGACCCUCGUGAGGCCCACGUUACUCGAGACGACGGGCCGGUCGAGGAGGAACAGACGCGGUUUCUCGACGACUUGGCCGAAUAUUUCAGUACGAUAGGAAACGACAGACCGGACUUGAAUCCAAAGAUCUUUGGUGAGCCUGUGGACUUGUUCCAGCUCCACCAAGCCGUCAAACAAUUCUCCGGUGAGGUGAAUUGGUCCGCAGUUGCGAAGAGACUUGGCUUCGAUUUGAAAAGGCUCCCCAACGCCCCUGACCAACUGCGCAAGUGCUACGAUAUCACUCUACGCGAUUUCGUCGCCGCCUUGGAAGAAUUUGAGGAGUCAGACGAUGAUGACGGGGACGAGUCCACGGGGGAGGAGAUCGACUUGGAGGGUCCUGAGAACCAAGCGUCCCCUCAAAGCAGGGUACGUGAAGUUAUUUCUCACACCGAAGGGAGGAAUGCCGGUAGCCCGCCGCCAUCAGGUAUGCGCGCCGGGUCUAAGAGGGCUAUCGGGACUGAUGAUGUCCACGGACCCGGGAGUAAUUCCCCCAAGCGUCAAAGACGGCCUCGGGGUGACGUGAUACCAUCCACGCCGGAUGAGAAGUUGCGCAUCAGGAGACCACCAGCCUUUGGAGAGGAUCUCAGCAGUCCUUCCCGAGGCGUUCGGUCAGUAAGAGUUCGACUAGAGAGUUCCCGACAGCUCGAAGCGCAAACCGCCGGCAAGACAAACGUCGAACGGGAGACCCGGUUUCUAGUCUCCGCUACAGACCAAACAGAGGAUGUCCCCGAGUUGGAAGAGACGGGGCAAUGGGAUACCACCCCGUCUCAGCAGCUUCGCUACGAGGAAAAUCCCGCCUCCCCUGUUCCUUUUCGGUUGUCGUGCAACAAGAAUAGCAGCAGCAACAACAACAACAACAACAACAACAACAACAGCAACAACAACAACAACAACAACAGCAACAACAACAGCAACAACAACAGCAACAACAACAGCGGAAGUGACAGGCGUAGAAGGCCUACGAACAGCCGAUCCAGACUACCUGAACCCAGGGAAGAUGCCAGCCGCGUCUCCGCGUCGAGAACCACCCCCUCGAGCCACGAAAUCCUAGAAUGGUCGGCCAGCGUAUCCGAGGCGCAAACGCAGGUUCGAGGGCGGGGGCAGGAUCGCGAACAACAACAGCAGAAACAGCGGCGGCAGCAGCAGCAGCAGUACCGCGAAGAAGACGAAGACCGUCCCCCCACAACAAGCGACCCGGAAGCCAACGACUGCGCCGAGCUCAUAGCCGCCAUCGAGCGCUUCGAAUCCGUCGGCUAUGAGCGCAAAGACGUCAUCGCCGCCCUCGCUGCCACGACCCUCAAGCCCGGCCUCGCGGGUCAGGUCAUGGAGGUGCUCCGGAGCAAGCGCCCGCUCCCGGAUAACAUGCAGGGCGUAUGGACCCCGCGCGACGACCAAGGUCUCAGACUUGUAGACGACGCUACCGGAGGCCCCCUGCGAUCCGCGCGUCAUCGGACGGGGGAGGAGGGAACCGCGCCGCUCGAGCGGAAGAACGUCCGCAGGGAGUGGAAACGGCUGGAGAGGAAGCAUGGCCUUGCAGAGAUCGACGCUAGGCGCGAGUUUCUGGCUUAUCAAGAAGAGCUCACUCAGAUUCUGACGGGAUAA